AUGGUAUCCACGCGCCAGCACCCAAGAGAGUUCCCUCCCCCGGAGGCAUCCCCCACGAAGGGUUCUCCGCGCAAGAGCUCGCGCAACUCGACUGCGUCGCCUGCACCCGGCUCGCCCGACCUCACCUCCUCGCCCACGUCCAAGUCGCUCACCAGGCGCGCUGUCUCGAACUCAAUCGCAGCUUCUUCUUCGUCGUCCUCUGCUCCUGGAGCUUGGGCGCACACGGCGUCUAACAUCACCAUCCUCUGGGUCACCUUCAGCCUCCCCCUGGUAAUCUGGGACGCCAUUUACAUCCUGGCGCGUCCGCACACAAUGGCAGGAGGAGCUAUUCAGUGGCCCCUAUGGAAGCCGUACGAGAUCUACGCGAGCAUCGACUACGUGUAUGGUUGGCCCGGGUGGAACGAUAAUAAUGGGUUUGCCGCGGCGCAGGGGGUACUCAAUGCGAUUGAGUGCGUGCUUUAUGGUUUGUAUAUAAUGAUUAUCUUUAACCAUGGAGUUGCGGCCCCCGGGGGUACCGGCUUGCAGGUUGGCCGAGGUCUGAGAGGGUGGAUCGCGGGCGGUAUGAAGGUUGAGGGGAAGACGGGGAACAGGGCGCUGGUGAUCGGAUUUUCGGCGGCGCUUAUGACGUUCAGCAAGACGCUUCUGUACUAUCUGACUGAGUACUACUCUGGUUUCGAGAAUACCAAGCACAACGAUUGGAUUACCCUCGUCCUUUUCUAUGGCGUCAUGAACGGAUGUUGGCUCGUCUUCCCGGCAUACAUGACGUUCACCUUCGGUUCCGACCUCCUAAACGGUCUUGACGCCGCCACGGAAUCUUCGUCCAAGAAGAAGAAUUAG